UUCUUAAGCCACCACCUAUCCCACCGCCUCUUAGUUGACCUUGAUUUACACCGAUUGACGGUUAUGAGCAUGGUCUUCGUCCGCUCAACGGCUCCCAUUACAUCAUUAUAGUGUCUGUGAAGCAGAUCGGUCUCUCUUCUCAGCACGAUUUCCGACCGUUCGUGGUACCAAAUGGCCGGCCCUAUUGGAAUGGGGGCAAUCCUCCGAUCUUAUUUAAAUGCCUUCGUUCUAUUACUUGUCAUUGGAUCGCCAGCAAUCGCUCAGUUCUGCUCAUUUUGGAGCGGUAGCUGUCUCGAUGCCCUGGCUCAGACUGCCGUCUCCUUCAACUUCCCCCCUCUGUUUGAGGAGAGUCUCAACCUCUACUAUGGAUUCGACGCCAACUCUCGAGGAAAAGGCCAAGAGCCCAUGACUAAAGUUAGCUUUUGGCUCGGAUACAGUGCUCUUCUCAAUAGCUCUGUCAUCAAUUCCAACCGCACCUCUGAGAUUGCUUUGCGGGUGGGAAAUCUUACCGGAACGCCGUCAGGUUCCAACAAUGGCUGCGAUGGCGUGUGGGGCGCACAAUGCUCGUACGACUUGAUCACCUUGUUGAAGCAGGCCUUGUAUGGACUCACCACGAGUGGAAGUUACUAUGAUGACCCACUGGAUACGGUGUUGAGUGAAAUGCUCAUCAACCAGCCCGUACUCUCCAAUUGCCCUCCGCCUCUGUUCGACGUUGCUGCCAUACCUUCUAUCUCUUUUGCUCAAGAAACCGAUACCACCCGAAUUGCAACCCUCCAAACGUCCGGAUCCAGCAGUGAACCCUGGAAGACAUGGUUCAUUGAUAAUAUGACUGCUAAUGACCAAGCAGCUCAAGUUGCAGUCGCCAUUAUUAGCAGAGCUCCAUCCUACAACGGCAACCCUCCCAAAUAUGUCGAUGAUAUACAAGUAGAGCUCGUUUGUACUCAGGCUCCAUCUACAGGAAGCUCUUCGUCAAGCCAAGGCUCGUGACCUACGGUUGACCCCAUAUUUUUGGGAGAACAAUCGACAUGAAUCAAC